AUGAGGCUAGAACACGGAAGAAAGAAAGCAGAGAUGACUGCUUCGAAAAGCACAUCGAAGAGCACUCCGAAGAGCGCAGAGAAGAUCACGGAAGCAGACUGCGCUGCGGCAGGAGAGGCAGCGACGGCUUGGGCCCUCUUUGUCAAGCGCCAGGCGGACAAAGAGGUCGACAACCGCCCCAACCGUAUGGCGAACGAAGAUGCCCAUGACGAUAAUACCAUCGAACCCGCGAUCGAGAUUGAAGCCUCGACUGAGGAGGGAGGCGAUUUCGAGCUCGAAACCGAGCUGACUACGUCUCUCGAAAUUUCGGCCGAAAUAUUCAAGAACCUUGCCAGAGAUCAGAGUGUUGAUGGCGAUCACCAAAACACCUUUUUAGAUAAAGAAGCCUCGGGCAAUCUCUUCCCUUUUACCCGUCCUCAUGGAAACGGAAUCUUCACCAACCCUGACGGGGAUGAAGACCGUAGCAAGCUCCAUAUGCUCAGCUCGACUGCGUCAGUCGUCACACCCAGUGGAAAUGCCCAUCAAAAGCGUAAGCGAGCCAGCUUGAUUGCUGAUGAUCCUCAAGGCCGAAAGAAGACCGAUGUGGUUUCUAGCCCUCCUGUGCGAUCGCGGAACAAGAACUCCAUAUCCCGUCUGAGCGACACCGCCGACAAAUUUGCCGAUCCCCAUGGCAAUGCCAGUCAGCAACUGUCUUCCGUCACUCAGUCGCAGGAGGGCAGCGUGAGAAAUGGCGGCGUUGCGGAGCAUUCAAUGGGCUCUCAAGGCUCCUCUCGAAUCACUGAGCUGCUGAGUCGCUCUCAGGAAUACCCUCCCGGCACUUCCGAGCACAACGACUCCCAGAAACAGUCCAGAGGCUUUGCCCAGCAUCCAAUGAGCAUCCAGGCUCUCUCUUCCACUACUGGUCGACAGGGUAACGUGGAGGGACACUCAGCCGUUGCUGGUACUUCUGCCAUCGAGCGCCGUAUUACCAUUAUUAAUUGGAUUGAGGCCCUUCUUCAGGUCCGCCACCUCACUACUGGCGGUGGUCCUAACAGCGUCGAUGCGAAGCAUCGUAGUGUUUCCAUGGGGAUGAUCAAAGGCUUGAUUGAAGAGUACGAGCUCAUCUAA